ACAUGCAUGGGUAUUAUGAACAUGUUGCGAGCGGUCCGAUUCGGCCAAGACUUUUAGUCUCACCUGCCCCAUACCUGAAUCAGAAUUUGUUGUGUUCUAGAAGAAUUCGAGGAAACGCCAAAAAUUUCCAGGGAAAAUGCAACAACAAAAAGGGGAGCGCCAUAUUACUGCCACAGGCAAAAUGAGCAUUAAACAACACAUAACGACUUUCACAAUUGUAAUGGUGACGUCGUUCAUUGGUUCUUUAUUCUGGAUUAAAGUACUCACAUCUUUUGAAAAGGAGGACAACACUUUGUUAGGAAUUUCGAACAUGAGUACAUAUACGAGCAAGAAACCUAUGGUGUCCAGUGAGACGUUCACAGUACUUAUUUAUACCGGUCAAUCGUUUUUGAAACCUUUUAUUCAACAUUUCAGAAAGAAGAAGUGCCCUUCUGUGCCGAACUGUAUUAUUUCGGAAAAUGUAAGUGACAUGCAGAAAAGUCAUGCUGUUAUAUUCAAUGAUGUUAAUCUACCAGGAAAACUACCACAGAGAGCAAAAAAUCAGCUCUGGAUAUUCCACGGCAUGGAAACAGUGCACUUUAUUCGUAAACCGUCUAAACAUUGGGACGAUCAAUUCAAUUUCACCAUGUCUUUUCGGAAGCAUUCUGACAUUGUAAGACCAUACGGAAAAAUUGUGCGUCGCGAAAAGGAGAUUAAGCGAAAUUAUACCGAAGUGUUCCGAAAAAAGAAACAUGGCGGCGUCUGGAUGUCAGGGCAUUGCCCGGUUCCUUCUAAGCGCAAAGCGCUUGCGCAGGAAAUCGGGAAACACAUGCACGUUGACCUUUUCGGCAGAUGCGGCGCCCGACCAUGCGGGACAGCAAGUACCAUGUUGAGUGAUUGUUUAAAAACAGUGUCACGUGAUUACAAGUUCUACUUCUCAUUUGAAAACACAAUUUGCCCUGACUACACGACAGAAAAACUGUUCAAUAUAUAUUUGUAUGACCUUGAGAUUAUACCUGUGGUGAACGGACCGGCGAAUGCGGCCGAGUAUCUUCCGAAAGGAACGUUUAUCAAUGCUCUAGACUUUUCCUCCGCGUCGGAACUCGCCAAAAAAUUAAAGGAAAUUGGCGCGAGCGAAGAAAAAUACACACACUACCUCAAAGAAAAAGACAAGUAUUACGAUGCUGGUAAUGCGGAAGUCUUUUCCGAUGCAAUGUGCCAGUUGUGCAAUAAAUUAGCUGGAACGAGUAUUAAUCCAAAUGGAAAUAAUUCAAAAGGAAAUUCUGAAAAUUAUUGGACGAGGCUGAUGAAAAACAACUGUUGAUUGAUACUUAUAUCGUAAAGCAUGUAGACCAAAUGUAUGUCUCAAUUUUUAAGGAAAAAUGAGACAUUAAGGCUAUAAUUUAUCAAGUUUUGAUAAUAUUGAAAUGAAAUAUUGCCAUUUACAAUUAAUUGUUACAUUCUUUAUUGUUAUUUUUGCAAAAAAAUUGAAUAAAAAAAUUCUUCUAAAGAACUAUAUAUGAUAAGAGUUAAAUUUGGCCCCCAUAAUUCGCCAUUUUUAAGUGUUUCGGGUACAAUAAAAUGUUAACUAAUUUUUUAGAAGAGUUGAUAUAAUAUAUAUUUUUCAUCUA